GCUCGCGUGGAGCGGAUGGAACAAUUCCAGAAAGAAAAAGAAGAAUUGGAUAAAGGCUGCAGAGAAUGCAAACGGAAACUCGCCGAAUGCCAGAAAAAAAUGAAGGAGUUGGAAGUAGGGGACGCGGCGAGCGGGAAAGGGGAGCUGGAAAAACUCCAGGCUGAGGCGCAGCAGCUGAGGAACGAGGAGAAGAGUUGGGAGAAUAAAUUGGAGGAGUUGAAAAAAAAGGAAAAAAAUAUGCCCUGGAAUGUGGAUACCCUCAGCAAGGACGGCUUCAGCAAGAGCGUCUUCAACGUCAAACCGGAGGAGAAGGAGGAAACGGAGGAACAGAAAGAGAAAAAACACAAAACUUUCGUGGAGAGAUACGAGAAGCAAAUCAAACACUUCGGGAUGCUACGGCGCUGGGACGACAGCCAGAAAUAUCUCUCCGAUAACCCUCACCUCGUUUGCGAGGAGACGGCUAAUUACUUAGUCAUCUGGUGCAUCGAUCUGGAGGUGGAAGAG